CUAACUAUUCUUAUGCACCCUUGGAUUGAACGAAAUCCGACCUAGAAUCUAGUAGUUAUUUUUAAUUGUAUAUUCUCGUCCAAACUCCAAAGCAUUUCUGGUCAGCUUGUACCGGGUAAGAGUUCAUUACAACAGCAAGAAAGUUUCACAGAUAUGUCACAAGAAAAAGAAAAGGAGUUUGAUAGUGUAGAAUCUAUUCUUUCUAAGUUACCUCAAAAGGAAUUCAGACAAGUUUGGAGGAUUUUGUACGGUGAUGGCACAUUAUAUGCCGUAUGCAUUUUGUCCCGGGGAACAUAUGGCUUGGAGUGACUAUGCUGAGCGGGCUGAGGAUGGGCCAUCAACUAGAAUACUGCAGGCGCUAGCCGAAGAGAACAAA